AUGGUCGACAGGAUAGAGCUCGGAAAAGGCUGCUCGGCCUAUAUCGACGGCGUUACUCCCUCAUAUGGAUACACCCCCUCACUAGGCGCUGGCAUUGCCUUCUGCACACUCUUCGGUCUUUCGGGCAUCGUCCACACAGUCCAAUUUAUCUGGAAACGACAAUGGUGGGCAAGCGUCUUUACUGUUGGAUGUUUGGUCGAAGUAAUCGGCUGGGCCGGUCGUACCUGGUCAGCCAAAUGUCCAUAUAACUCAACCGCUUUCCUAAUGCAAAUCUCCACGCUCAUCAUCGCCCCAACCUUCUUCACCGCAGGCAUCUACGUCCUCCUGGGCCGCUUCAUCCAAAUCCUCGGCCGCGAUUCCUCCUUCCUAAAGCCAAACCUAUACCUCUGGAUCUUCUGCACCUGCGACGUCCUCUCACUCGUCAUCCAAGCCAUCGGCGGCGGCAUAGCCUCCGGAGAAGCCGACAAGAUCGGCGGCAACACCGACCCAGGCACACACAUCAUGGUUGCCGGCAUCGUCUUCCAGCUAUUCUCGAUUACCGUCUUCGUCGUCUGCGCAAUCGAUUUCGUCCGCCGUACUAUGCGCCGCCGUUUGUUGAGCGGCCCCAUCAUCCCCCUGUUUGGCGCGAUGGUACUUUCCAUCGUUUGCAUCUAUGUUCGGAGUAUCUAUCGUACAAUCGAGCUGUCCGAGGGUUGGGAUGGGUAUCUCAUCACCCAUGAGUCAUACUUUAUUGGACUUGAUGGGGCUAUGAUGAUUGUUUCUGUGGCUAUCUUCAACGUGAUUCAUCCUGGAUGGUUGUUGCCCAAGAAGUCGGCUUCUUAUAAAUCGGAGUCCCCUUCGUCUCCGGCUGAUAGAUACGGGGGCCCACCAACUCAUUGGUGA